UUGGAUAACUCUGCCAGAUACAGCUUUCUUCCCAGGCUGAACUGACCAGGAUACACAACAUGCACAACAGCACUGCCGGAACUCUGCAUGUGGCUGCAGCGUGUAAUGAGACUUGGCCCACCCAGUCACCGAGCUCUGAGUUUUCACUGGGCGUGUUGGUGCUGCUGACUUUCCUCAUGGUGUUGCUAUGUCUGGUCACCAUCCUUGGAAACAUCCUGGUGAUCCUUGCUUUCAUCCUGGACAGAAAUCUCAGGCAUCGGAGUAACUAUUUCUUUCUCAAUCUUGCUGUUUCUGACUUUGCAGUGGGUGUGUUCUGCAUACCUCUCUACAUCCCUUACAGCCUGACGGGAAAAUGGCACUUGGGAAGAGGCAUCUGCAAGCUCUGGCUAGUUAUGGAUUAUCUCCUAUGCACAGCUUCAGUAUUUAACAUUGUUCUUAUCAGCUAUGACCGUUUCCUGUCAGUUACUCGAGCUGUAUCUUACAGAGCCCAGCAGGGAAUAACCUCCAACCCUGCCAUCAAGAUGGUGGCCAUAUGGGUCUUAGCCUUUCUCCUCUAUUGCCCAGCAAUCCUCUUUUGGGAGCGUGUGGCCGGACACAGUGCAGUAGCGGCAGAUCAGUGCUACGCUGAGUUCUACAACAACUGGUACUUCCUCCUGUGUGCAUCCACCCUGGAGUUCUUUGUGCCACUGCUCCUGGUGAUCUACUUCAAUAUGCACAUCUUCCACAGCAUCCAGAGGCGCCAGCGGCAAGGCAGUGUGCAGGACUGUGAGCCUCCAAGGAGCAGCAGCCUGUCCUGGAGAUUUUGCCCUUUACCAAGGUCAGGGGCAUCUUCUCCUUCCUCGGAAGCAGAGGACAGUGUUUCUUCUUCCAUGAGACCAAAGAAAGAGUUUUUGGUAACUGACUGUUCAUCUCCAUCCAGAGGGAAUUCUGUUACUCCAGAAAAUGAAUUUUCUGUUUCCCUCUGUUCAAAGACUAGGUCAAAACUGGAGCAAGACAAGAAAAUCGCGAAGUCACUUGCCAUAAUUGUCUGUGUGUUUGCCAUUUGCUGGGCCCCGUACUCUAUAUUAAUGAUUAUUCGUGGGGCCUGCCAGGGAACUUGUGUCCAUAACUCCUUGUAUGAAGCAACUUUUUGGCUUUUAUGGAUCAAUUCCUCUCUGAAUCCAUUUCUUUACCCUCUAUGUCAUGUUAAAUUUCGAAUGGCUUUUCUGAAAAUAUUGUGUCCCAAAAAGUUUGCCACAUUGAGAUCAGGAUCUUUUUAGAAGGAAAAAAGAAAAAGAAGAGCUGGAUGAGGAACGUAA